CGCAGGAACUUUCCCAAGUCAGAGACUUUCGGAGACGGGACUCGGCCCCAGAUGGUCCGGCGGCGUCCCAGCCCAGCCUCUCCGCGCAGUCCGCCCGGGCUCUCUCUGCGGGCCGCCUGGAAGUGAAGCAGGGCGCCGAGGCCUCGGAGCCACCCGGGAGCCGUCCGCCUGCGCUCGGUCCCGAGGCUGGGGAGAGGGGGGAGCCCGGCGCCGCGAUCCCCCUGCCCCGGGGGGGCCUCCGCGUUCAUGCAACGCCUGGUGGCCUGGGACCCGGCAUGUCUCCCCAUCCAGCCCCCGGCCUUUAAAUCCAUGGAAGUGGCUAAUUUCUAUUACGAGGCGGACUGUCUGGCUGCUCUGAGCAAGCUGCACCCGCGGGCGGCAGGGGGCCGCUCCAUGACCGAGCUCAGCGUCGGCGACCACGAGAGAGCCAUCGACUUCAGCCCCUACCUGGACUUAGCGCAGCAGGCGCAGCAGGCGCAGCCGCCUUCCUCUGCGGCACCAGGGGGCAACUUUGAGCCGGUUUGCAGCGGCGGCGGAGCCAACGGCGGCGGCGGCGGCCAGGAUUUUCUCUCGGAUCUUUUCUCCGAGCAGGACUAUAAAGGCGGAGGGAAGAAGCAGCAGCAGCACCCCGACUACACGUACAUCAGCCUGGCGCGGCACGGCCACCCGCCGGCCGUCGGGCAGGGCCACAAGGGCGGCCCGCUGCUGGGCUGCUUCCCGCCGCAGAUGGUGGAGACCAAAGUGGAGCCGGUCUUCGAGCCGCUGGACUCUUGCAAGGGGCCGCGCAAGGACGAGGCGGGCGGCGGCGGCGCCGGGCCCGGCCUGGGGGGCAUGGCCUCGCCCUACGGCAGCACCGUGCGCUCCUACCUGGGCUACCAGUCCGUGCCCAGCGGCAGCAGCGGCAACCUCUCCACCUCGUCCUCCUCCAGCCCGCCCGGCACCCCCAACCCGUCCGAUUCCUCGAAGUCCGCCUCGGCCGGCGGCGGCGGAGGAAACGGCGGCGCUUACCCGGCAGGCAGCGCUGGCGGCGGCAAGAACAAGGCCAAGAAGAGCGUCGACAAGCACAGCGAGGAGUACAAGCUGCGGCGGGAGCGGAACAACAUCGCCGUGCGCAAGAGCCGCGACAAGGCCAAGCUGCGCAACCUGGAGACGCAGCACAAGGUCUUGGAACUGACGGCCGAGAACGAGAGACUCCAGAAGAAGGUCGAGCAGCUCUCCCGGGAGCUCAGCACCCUCCGGAACUUGUUCAAGCAGCUGCCCGAGCCCCUCCUGGCCUCCUCGGGCCACUGCUAGCCCCGGCCCUGGACGCCGCUGGAACAGCCGCUUGCGGGGAGGGGGCCGAGGCAGGCCGAGGGGAGAGGCCGCGGGGCGGGGGGAUGAAACCAGGGAGUCCCUUCUCCGCCUUGCUGCGGGAUGAGACCGGAUCGGGGACGAGGGAGGAAAGCGGGAAGCGGCCCGAGCGCGAUGUGCGUGCGCGUAAUACGCUUUUUGUUUCGCUGCCUUUUUCAUUGGCUCUCUGAUGUGGGGGGGAAGAAAAGCACACCUUCCGCCGCGCGUUCUGUGCAAGCGCAACUCCUUCGGCUGGCGGGGGGAGUCACCAGGCGGUAUCCUUUUUUUUUUAACCUCUGCAAACCUCAUGGAGGAAUGGUUCUUUGCAACUUUCAGGUUGGUUGGUUUCCGAAGCACAUGGGAUACCCAGCUGGACAGGACUCUUACAUUCUACGAUCUGGUAUCUCUGCAGGAGGGGUGUGGGGGGGGGGAGGUUCUUUUUAUUUUGGUUGAAUGCUAGUGUUAUUUAAAAAAAAUACUAAAGGAGAGCGAGAGAGAGCGCGAGUCCAGAGUGAUGCAAUCUUUUAACCAUGGCUGAGAGAGCUAGCUACACAUGAUGCAAUUUAGUGUAACUGUCAGUCAUGGAUUGAGUAAUCUGUUAAAGAUGUUCCUAAAGUUUUUUAUUAUAAAGAAUGAUCUAUUUCUAUAAUGAAAAAAGACAUUUGUAUAUUUUGGGAUCUAUGCAUUCUUGCUACAUAUGAAGCAUUAAUGAACAAUUUUAAUAAAACUUUAUUGCUAGGAGGGAAAAAAUGAGAGCUCUUGUUUUUUUUUCCCCUUAGGCUUGACCUUUUAAAGGUGCUUAAAACACACAUGCACACAGUGUUUUGAGUUGGGAAGAAGAGGGUAAUGCAGAAACAUUACAACAAAUGGGUGUUUUGCCACACACGUGAAAUAGCGGUGGCGUUCUCCCAGUGCCUAACUAGAGUUCCCAGUGAGCCCGAGAUUUGCUCUUUGGGUGUUCUUGGGUCUGUGUGUAUGGAAAAAAAUAAGAGACAAAAAAAAGAGAAUCCCCCUGGCUUUCCUGUGCCUUCUCCUUAAUUACUUGAACUGGGGAUUUGCAUGUGAAUUGUUACAUACCUGUGUAUGGGAAGGGGUGGAUCUGAAAAGUAAGAGAGGCAAAAUCGGACAGCAUGAAACGCUUGACAAGAUGGCUUUGACCCCCAGUGAGUCUGAUGACCCAAGGUUUCUGAUCUUUUUAGUUAAUUGUAGAAGAGGAAGAAUGAACAAUGUGAAAAAGUAAUGAUUUGAUCAGGCACGGGGAGAGGUUUGAAUUAAGAGUGGUGAGAUGUCUUUCGUGAUCAAGACCGCGUGAGACAGGAGCAAAUCUAUCCACAGUUUCUCUUUGGUGAACUUCUAAUGAGGAGUGGGCUGGGCAAUCCCUUUCAUUCCCCAGAAGGGGUUAGGUUGGUUUUACUCCUGUGAAUCUGAGCUUUUGGUUAGAAGAAACCGAAGUUUCUAAGUCUCAUGGUUGCCGAGAUAUGUUAAAACCUCAAAAACAGAUGCUUGAGUAAAUCUUUCAAAUGCAUGAUGCUUUUCAAAUCACGCUGGUUUGAUUUUUUUAAGUAGUGUUUUUCAAUUAUUGGCUUCAGCAAUAUCUGCACAUUUGGAACAAGGCAUCACAAACUGCAUGAGCCACAUUGUUCGCCUUAGCACCCACCAUAUUGAAGGAAAUGAAAUUGAAAUGGUAUCAAUUGCAGGUAACAGAAAUGCACCAACUGGCCCCAGCCUGGGGCUCGUUCUGGGUUUCCGGUGCUGUCACAGAGUUUUGUUGCUGUCUAACUUUGCCUUUCAUCAGCUUUAUUUAUUUAUUUUGGAAAGGUCAUCGUGGAUGCCUUGGGGUUUUAGAUGGACUGCUGGCAGAGUGAAAGAGAUUUGCAUGUGUGAAUACAAGCAAAGGACCCUGCGGUGUCCAGGGGAAAUGUGCCAGCAGUGGCAGCGAGAAGGAUUUCUCAAGGCCUGGAAGUAGAACAUUCCUGGCCUUCCUCUGUGUGCUCUUGCGUCUGUGUAGCUUGUAAAAUGUUAACAGAGCCCAAAGUUAUGUGCGUGCGGAGGGGGGCCGGGGAACUGAAUUCCCUGAUCUGAUCUGAGUCAGCUUUUCAGUACACGAUCAACCCCUUUUAACGCACACCCAACUUUUAAACCCUGAGGUCCAAACCCUGGAAAAUAAAUUCAUUUAACUCUUCCUGGCAGCUAGUGGUAACACUCAGAACUCAUUUUGCUUAAUGACAGCUGACUUAAAAUUGCUCUAAUGUAUUUCCCCUUAAGGAAAAGGCAGAGGUAUCAUCUAAUGCUGAUUAAACUGUUUUUUCCCUAGCAACAGAGAGGCCUUUCAGGAAGACCUGUGUUCAGUUUUUAACCUGCAGUGGUCCAGAAAUUCCAGGUGUCAGGAAGCUUGCUAGGGUGUCUUUAUAUUGCUUUCCAGAUUGUGCACAGGGCUAGAGAUGCUGUUAUCACCUUUUUAAGGAGUAAGGGUUGUUAAGGCAACCCAAAGAAACCACAUUUGCAAGAGAGGGUAAAUAUGGAAGACAUUUGUAGAAGCAGAUUUGGAAGUGUGGAAUCCCCCAUCCUUGUUUGCCUGUCCGUGGGAGGUGCAUUGGUCCUCUUGUCCCCUGCUGGAAGUUCCUGUUUGGGGGCUGGUUUCCUGAGACUGAGUGCCUGCAAAGGCUCUGAGAAGGAUAAGCAGUGAAAACAUGGGAUUUAUCAAGCCUGCAGCUGCCCAUUCCAGGCAUUUCACUUUCAGCUUGGUGCAUGUAAAUGAAAGCAUAACUUGACUCUCCCACACCUGAACCUGCCUCAUCCUGAAUCAGAUCAUUGGUCCAUUCAGGUCCAACAGCCAUGGCACCUCUACUGUACCUGCAUGUAAAUCAAUGACCUAAAUGACGGGCGCUUCAGGGCAGAGCUACUCUUCCCACUUACCCAUAACUACUUAUUCCUAGAAAUAAAGGUUGCUGAAUGUG